AUGUUGAGUGAAAAAGAGCAAAUCGAGUUCUUGGGGAAAAAACCGCCAUUGUGUACCAAAAGCACAAUAGAGACCCUUAUGAUGAACUUUUAACAGAUUUCCAAAAAUAUUGAUCAUUUAGAUUAGGAUUUAAAUCUGUUGGCUAAACGUCUUGAUUAUUUAGAAGAAUCAAUCACAGAACAUUACACCCUCGUUUAACCAUAAAAAUAAGAAACCAAAAAAAAACGUAGAACUGCCAACCUCAUCAAAAGAGAUUUUUAAUGUCCUUAUGAAAAAUGUGACAAAGUCUAUGGGACUGACAUUUCAUUGAAUUUACAUAUUAGACUCAAACAUAAUGGAGGAUCAAAAAUUGAAAGAGAAGAAUUGGCAAAAAAAAUAUUAGAUGCUAAAUUUUAAGAUGAAGUCGAGCCACAACAUAAUUUCAAUCUACCUCCCAACUUUAUCGAAGAUUUCUAAAUCCACCAUCAAGAAUAUAUACACAAUUUAGAAAAAACUUAUAACAAGAGAAUACUACUUUGAUUAUUAUUAUAGAUGUUAAUAAUUGUAAUU